CCAGAGCUCAGCCAGGGACAGCAUCUGUCCCAGAGAAAGAACUCUGCUGCUUUUUUGUUGUUUACCCAGCUCUUGAGACGAUUUUAAGACUUUGUUUUGGUUUUCUGGACAGAGACAAUUUUAACACUUUGGAACAAUUUGAACUGUCAGGUCACAGCAAGCACCAUGGAUAACACGAGCGAGUACGACUACCAGGACGACUACGAUCUCCAGAGCAACAACACGUGCGACUUCAACGAAUGGGAGCCCUCAUACUCCCUCAUCCCCAUCCUCUACAUGCUCAUCUUCAUCCUCGGCCUCUCAGGCAACGGCAUCGUCAUCUUCACCGUGUGGAAGGCCCAGUCCAAGCGGCGAGCAGCCGACGUGUACAUCGGUAACCUGGCGCUGGCCGACCUGACCUUUGUGGUGACGCUGCCGCUGUGGGCAGUGUACACGGCGCUGGGCUACCACUGGCCGUUCGGAGUGGCCCUGUGCAAGAUCAGCAGCUACGUGGUGCUGCUCAACAUGUAUGCCAGCGUGUUCUGCCUCACCUGCCUGAGCCUGGAUCGCUACCUGGCCAUCGUACACUCCCUGUCGAGCUCGCAGCUGCGCACACGGGGGCACAUGCAGGCCUCUCUGGCCGCCAUCUGGAUCACGUCCGGCGCUCUGGCAGCGCCCACCCUGCUGUUCCGCACCACAGUGGACGACAAGGAGACCAACCGCACCUCCUGCGCCAUGGACUUCAGCCUGGUGGUCCAGAGACCCGGCGAGGAGAGCCUGUGGAUCGCCGGCCUGAGCAUGUCGUCCACGGCGCUGGGGUUCCUCCUCCCCCUGCUGGCCAUGAUGGUGUGCUACGGCUUCAUCGGCUGCACCGUCACGCGCCACUUCGGCCACCUACGCAAGGAGGACCAGAAGAAGCGGCGCCUGCUGAAGAUCAUCACCACGCUGGUGGUGGUGUUCGCCGCCUGCUGGACGCCCUUCCACGUGGUGAAGAGCAUGGACGCGCUGUCCUACCUGGGCCUGGCGCCGGACUCGUGCGCCCUGCUCAGCGUCUUGCUGCUGGCGCACCCCUACGCCACCUGCCUGGCCUACGUCAACAGCUGCCUGAACCCCUUCCUGUACGCCUUUUUCGACCUGCGCUUCCGCUCACAGUGCUUGUGUCUGCUCAGCCUGAAGAAGGCCCUGCACGCCAGCCCCGCCAGCUCUCUGUCCUCUCAGAAGACCGAGGUGCAGUCACUCGCCACCAAGGUGUGAGGUGGGACGGGCAGAGGGUCAUGCCGGUGGGGAGGGGGAGGAUACAGGAAGCCGUGCUGCCCAAAUCGCGUUCAGACCUUCACAGACUAAAAGCCCAAUUUGCUACUAAUCUUGGAGAGACACUCACAGACUUGUCUCUUUGUGUGUGUCACCCAAAAGAUCUGGAGGAUCCGGCUACUCCUGUUUGAGUGUGAGUGUGUGUGUGUGUGUGUGUGUGUUGUUUUUACUGACUGCUACUGGGGACUCCAAGAGUGGAGAGUGAAUUCAACACAAUAGACUGAAACCGCAUCGGUUCCGACACACUCCCCAGGGAGAUCCCCACACCUGGGGCCCCGAGGCCUGGAAUCUGCUCUUCAGAGGCUGGCCUCCUCUCCCCGUGUUCUCACACAGCUUCACUCCAGACAGACUGCCGAGCAAGCUCCGGCUGUGCUCUGGGGCGUUAGGGACUCUGUGCCUGGGUGGUUAGCUGGAGAUGAGUGGCUCCCUGGUGGGUGGUCUGACUAGGUCGAAGAGGAACCGAGGACACAUUUGCUCUCGACUUUUAAAUGAGUGCAUAUGAACACGCUGCAUAUUUUAUUGCUUUAUUUCUUAAGCACUUCGUUAUAUGUAGAUAAGAGCUGUGGCUCUUAUCUUCUCUGCGGCUAUGGAUCAAAUUAGGCAGGGUGUUCAUCAAGAACAAGUGUUACAGCUCGAUUAAAGAGUUUCUCUACAUGGGGUCAGGAGCUGGGAGUCAGAGGAGCCGGCUUGGAGGGGGUCAUCACACUGACAGAUGGCAACUGACAAAUGUGUGUUGGCCUGUUAAUAGGUGGCAGCUUUUACAGAUGAGAGACUGGUAUGUGUGUUUGUGUUACAGAUGUUUGACUGGUACGUGUCUUUGUGCUCCGGUAGACGUGUACUUAACAGUCAUGAAUUUAUCAGCCGCUGUCCUGUGAGAACUCACUGUAUGACACUGCAAAUAAAAUGUUUCUUCAGUU